AUGGGCAUGAGCAAAGAUGGUAGAAUUCAGAUUUAUAAUUGCAACAUAUUUGACAUAUCAAGUGAUAUAAUUGGUGAAGUUGACGCUAUUUGGGAUAGAGGUGGUAUCACUGCUAUCGAGCCAUUAGAUAUGGGUAGAUAUCUUGAUGUGAUUACUUCAAAUAUGAAUGCAUACACCCGAUAUUGUCUUGUUGUUGUAGACUACGACCCGUCGGUCAAAUCCGGUGCACGAUUAAGUAUUGAGAAGAUUGGGGAAACAUCAGCUUUACGGGAGAUAUUGGUUAAAAAAGGCCACAAGUAUUUCAAUGAUGUUCUGUUUCUGUUGACAUUGAAACCUUAA